UUAUAAAGUAGUAUAUAUACGUCAGUCGAGUUCGAUUUAUUUCAUACCUUCCGGGUUUCGAAAACGGUCGUAGUUUCUUUUUGAAUAACUUCCUUUCAAAGAAUUUGUGAUAAAGAGUUCAUGCAUGCACAAUCAUGUUACUUCUCUGACAUUAUAUUUGUGCUUACAGAGUUAACUUCAAUUACUCUUAAAUUGGAAUUUAGUUCAUUAGUGCAAUAAACAGUGGGACUGGACAUACUAAAUUAUGGCCUUUAUCCGAGCAGGUAUUCGGGUUAUUCAAGGACCGGAUUGGCAAAGUAAAAAACAAGAUGGUGGACUAGGACAUGCCGGAACCAUUAUCUAUGUACCUAAGGAAGGGUCAUCAGACGACAAAGUGACCGUGAUAUGGGACAACGGACGAGAACUCCGUUAUAGAGCGGGAAAUGAUGGAAAAUAUGACCUUAGAGUGCUAGAUAACGCUCCAAUUGGUAAGAUAUUGAUAUUGUUUUUCUUAUUGUAAAUCACAGUAUAAAAG